AUGCUGCGGUUCCUUGCUGUUGCUCUCGCCUUUGCGGCUGUCGCCGUGUCAGCUCUGCCUGUGGAAGAGCAGACGGAGGGUGGCGUGACGACGCCCAUCCCAACCGGCAACUUUGUCGGCAACGUGGCCAUUGUGCCGUACACCCGCAAGUCCGGGGGCUACGCGUGCACGACUUGCAGUCCUGUCACCGCCCCUGCUCGCUUCCUCUUCUUCAACAACGCCAUGAUGCUCAACAUCUCCUACGCCAGCUCCGGCUCCUGCAGCCUCAACACCCAGGGCUACUACUUUUACAGCCUGGCCCCACAUAGCGGUGGCGCGUACCCAUACUACUAUGUCGGCCAGGUGCAGGUUGAGAACGCUGUGAUCCCCGUGUGCUUCUACUUUGACUACACGGUCGGCAACUUCCGCAUUGUCCUCGACGGCCAGGGCACAUGCCCUACCGCCAGCCAGGCUCCCGCCUGCCAGAACGGGUGGACCCCCGGCACCGUCACGCAGAGCUGGAGCGGCUCCUUCACAUCGUCCAGCCUGCCCUCUGGCGACUUCUUUGGCAACAUUGCCAUUGUUCCGUACACGAAGAAAUCUGGCGGCAAGUACACGUGCACCACGUGCGCCCCCGUGACCUCCAAGGCCACCGCCACAUGGAACGGCGACCAGUUUUCCCUCUACAUCAGGGGUGACAAACGCCAACGAUAA